AUGUUACAAGAAUUAAAAAUUCUCGAUACCCAAGAAAACGAAGAAUUAUUUAACGACGACGAAUUUAUCAAGGUUACAAGGAUUAUCAAUGAAGUUGCUGAGAAAACGAAAACCAUCAAAACGGCCAAAUUGGAGCUACUCACAUUGGCGGCUUCCAUGGAAGGUGGUAAUAAAGCAAGCGUAGUUGAAGGAGUAGCAAACUUAUUAACAAAGUUGCCAAGAGUCGAGAUCCUCAACAUGGAUAAAUUGGGAGAAGUCGAACUACAAACAACAUAUUAUGAUGCCUUGUUAUCCGAGCUUAUUGUCGAUCAAGAUAAGAAUGUUGCAUUACGAUGGCCAAAUAAAUCAACAGAUGAGGAGCAAACUGAUAUACGUCCGGAUGCAAUUGUUUCAACGACCAUGCAACACGACUUUGGCCACCCUGUUGGUUUCGGAGAAGUAAAGCCUGGCAACAGUUCUACAACAAAACAUUCAGUAUCACUCGAUGUCUUACGCUUAGGAAUCGCUUCAAAAAGGGCAAUUGACAAGUGGAAACUGAACUCGUACUUUGGAUUCAUGAUCAAUGGAUUUGAUCUAACGUUCUUUAUUACAAAAAAAAAAAAAAAACACGAAAAUUGCUACACAAUGCUGGAAAUUGCGCAGUUCACUUAUGCUUCGUCCUUAUCGAACCUACAUUCUUUUGUAUCAAUGAUGAACUUGAACAAGCUGACAAAAGUCGGACGAUGUUUCUGGAAUGAAUGUCAUGCUACUCAUGUUACGCGAGAUGAUGAAGCUGGUGCUAUGGCGAAUGAUGACGCUGGUGUUGUCCCAGUAUCCGAAUUAUAUGCACUGAUCAGCAGGACUUGCAACCGAACACUUGGUGCCUCGUCUAGAUAUUGA